GCACGAACUGGGGCGGGGUGCCGGGAUAUUGUCAGGUUGAGGGCAGAUCUAAGAUGGCGGCGGCAGGAUCAGUAGCGGCGGGGACGCUUAGAUGCAUGGUCCGGAGCACCCAGCUGGUGGGAGGCGGGCGCUUUGCCGGACCCGGGCGCCGGGCCUUUCAUGCCUCUGUGCCUGCAGCUGCUCAGGUGACUGUCCGUGAUGCUUUAAAUCAGGCCUUGGAUGAGGAACUGGAGAGAGACGAGAAAGUUUUCUUGCUUGGUGAGGAAGUUGCUCAGUAUGACGGUGCAUACAAGAUUAGCAGAGGACUCUGGAAAAAAUAUGGUGAUAAGAGGAUAAUCGAUACUCCUAUAUCAGAGAUGGGAUUUACAGGAAUUGCUGUAGGUGCUGCUAUGGCUGGCUUGAGGCCCAUUUGCGAAUUCAUGACCUUCAACUUCUCAAUGCAAGCCAUUGACCAGAUUAUAAACUCAGCUGCCAAAACCUACUACAUGUCUUCUGGGUUGGUGCCUGUGCCCAUUGUCUUCAGGGGUCCAAACGGAGCCUCAGCAGGAGUAGCGGCGCAGCAUUCGCAGUGUUUUGCAUCUUGGUAUGGGCACUGUCCUGGACUAAAAGUUGUGAGUCCGUGGAGUUCAGAGGAUGCAAAAGGUCUCCUUAAAUCGUCAAUCCGGGAUGAUAAUCCAGUUGUGAUACUGGAAAAUGAAUUGAUGUAUGGCGUUCCCUUUGAAGUGUCUGAGGAAGCUCUGUCAAAGGACUUCCUUGUCCCUAUUGGAAAGGCUAAGAUAGAAAAACCAGGAAGCCACCUUUCCUUAGUGGCUCAUUCGCGAUCCGUUGGCCACUGUUUGGAAGCAGCCUCCGUUCUUGCCAAAGAUGGGAUAGAAUGUGAGGUAAUCAACCUCCGUACUAUUAGGCCAAUGGAUAUCGACACCAUCGAAGCCAGUGUUGUGAAGACAAAUCAUCUCGUGACAGUGGAAGGUGGCUGGCCGCAGUUUGGCGUGGGAGCUGAAAUAUGUGCCAGGAUUAUGGAAGGUCCUGCUUUCAACUAUUUGGAUGCUCCAGUUGUUCGUGUCACUGGUGCAGACGUCCCUAUGCCUUAUGCAAAGACUUUGGAGGAGAACUGCUUACCUCAAGUAAAGGAUAUUAUAACUGCAGUGAAGAAGACACUGAAUAUCUAGGUUGUGUGUAUAUUUAAGCGCUUCUUCCAGACUUAGGUCUUUAAAAAUAUUUAUGAAAUGCAUUUGUCAUUAUAUUGCAGGCUGUACAGGGGCAGGGAGAAGCACAAGGAUACUGGGUGUCUAAUCUGUUACAGAGACUAUAGUGCCUCCCAUUCUACUUCUAAGAAGAAAAUUCAAAGGGAGAAUUGACAGAUUUAACAUUUUGGAAUUUGUAUUUUAUGUAAAAAAAACCCGCUUCUCAUUGUAGGACAACGUUCUUGUUUAUCAUUGUACAACUGAAAUCGAUCUCACUCUUAUGCUCGUUUUGUAAUCUAUAAAGCUUGAAAUAAAGGACAUGAACAGAAAA